AGGUCACGUGACUCGCAGGCUCGCUACUUAGGUGGUUCGGGCUGGGCCGCAGCGGAUUCGGCGCGGAUCAGCCCCUGUUUUGCCGAGUUCGGAAUCAGAACCUACUUCACCAUGUGGCGGCUGCUGGCCGUGCUGAGCUGUGCAGUACUGGGGGUGCAGGCCACCCUGAGCUUCCAGCCACUAUCAGACGAGCUGGUCAACUACGUGAACAAGCAGAAUACCACAUGGCAGGCUGGACACAACUUCCGCAACGUGCACAUAAGUUACGUGAAGAAGCUGUGCGGUACCUUCCUGGGAGGGCCCAAGUUGCCCCUGAAGCUGCAGCUCUCUGGGCCCAUCUCACUGCCUGAGAACUUCGACGCCCGCGAGCAGUGGCCCAACUGCCCGACCAUCAAGCAGAUCCGUGACCAGGGCUCAUGCGGCUCGUGCUGGGCGUUUGGGGCCACAGAGGCCAUGUCGGACCGCUCCUGCAUCCACAGCCAGGGCAAGGUGAACAUUGAGGUGUCAGCCGAGGACCUGCUCACCUGCUGCGGCCUCCAGUGCGGAGAGGGCUGUAACGGGGGAUUCCCGUCUGGAGCGUGGAACUUCUGGACAAAAGAAGGGCUGGUGUCUGGGGGUGUGUACGACUCCCACAUAGGCUGCAGGCCCUACUCCAUCCCACCCUGUGAGCAUCAUGUGAAUGGCUCCCGGCCCCCCUGCACCGGAGAGGGAGGGGGAACCCCCAAGUGCAGCAAGAAGUGUGAGAACGGUUAUGGCACUACCUACAAGGCAGACAAGCACUUUGGCUGCAGCUCCUACAGUGUGUCCAGCAACGAGGAAGAGAUCAAGGCCGAGAUCUAUAAGAAUGGCCCUGUGGAAGCUGCCUUCUCGGUCUACGCUGACUUCCUCAUGUACAAGUCAGGAGUGUAUCAGCACGUCACCGGGGAGAUGAUGGGAGGCCACGCCGUGCGUAUCCUGGGCUGGGGUGUGGAGAACGAUGUGCCCUACUGGCUGGUGGGCAACUCCUGGAACACUGACUGGGGCGACAAUGGCUUCUUCAAAAUCCUGCGUGGCCAGGACCACUGCGGCAUCGAAUCUGAGAUCGUGGCUGGCCUGCCCUGCACCAACCAGCACCAACCAGAGCUCUGAGCGUGGGUGUGGCUGCCUUAGGGCAUUCAGGAAACACCAGCCACACUUCAGGAAGACGCCCACUGCACCCCCCACCCCAGUGGUGACGUCCCCAGCACGCUCACCGUGUGUAGUCUUGAAGCCCCUGCCUUUCCCCCAGCCCCGUACAAGUCAGGGGUCACAUCGGCCCCAUAGGCAGUGCCUGGGCAGCUGCACUGACCCCGUCUCUGCUUGCCCCGCGCAUGGCCUUUAACACAAGUUUUAAAUGGGGGGUUCCUCAGCUGAUCAUGUGAAUUGAAGAGGACUGCUGCUGUCUUCCGUCAGACUGAGGGGGCAUAUCCCGAUCCAACCGGUAACUGGGUCCCACCACUGGAGGCAGAAGGAUCGUUCCACUUUAACCCCAUAAAGGACAGGAAAUGGUGUUGCCAAUCAAUAAAAGGUUUUUCCUGUGCGGUC